AUUUGAAACUCGUACGAGUUUUUAAAUUUUUGUUUCGGUUGAAGUAGUUGGAUCUAGUCCAAAGACGAGGAUGCAUCUGAGGUACGUGGUCGUGAUCGUGUGUUGUUUCUUCGUGGCGCGUGCAAAUUCUCGGCUCUUCGUCUUGAAGAACUUGGAGAAGUAUUCGAGGAUCUUUAAUUUUGGUGGUUUAUGGGUGAACGAGACCGGGAACGAAUUGUGGAACGGGUUAAUCAGGGACUGCGAUCGGUCGGUUACGUUCUCCUGCAUACAGAAGAACGCAUACGCUUAUCUGGACAAUGUUUUCGAGGAACGGGACAACAUCACGGUGUUCGAUGGUUUAACCAUGACCAAGAACAAACUGGAUUAUGGUACUUGCAGGGGGAAUUUGAAGGAGAAUUAUCAGGAUUCCAUGGACGAGAAUCUCGUGGACGGGUCUAUCAAGGAUGACUGCAACGAAGAGGAAAACGAGGACGAAAGAGAUCGACAGUUUGACGAAAAGCAAUCACCUUUGGAGGAAGUGACUGACGCGUUGAGGAAGAAGACGGUGAAAUUUCUCGCUACUAGAGAUUACGAGAUCCAAUUGCCCGAUUUUUUCUUCGAGGGUGCCACGAUUAAACUCAGCCCUCGCGAGGUUGACGAAAAUGGGGCCCUGGUCAGAGUGGACUUUGGUCAGAGUGGAGAAGUGGAGAAUCAACAACAAGGGCGACUCUUUUUCAAAAAAAUUAAGAAGUUCAUACAGAACAAACUGUUGACGAGCUUCCUGGCCCUGCUGCUGCUCAUCAAAUUGAUCAAAUUGAAGUUCAUGUUCGUGAUACCAUUUUUAUUCGGCGUUGGUACCGCGAAGAAAUUGUUCCUCAAGCUGCUGCUCUUCUUCAUACCGGCAUUCGCGCAUGUGUUCAAAUUGUGCUCGAGCUAUUACUCGACCCAUGGCACCAAGUAUCACCAUCAUCAUCACCAGAUAUCGCAUCAUCAUCACCAUGUCCCGGUUCCGGUACCGGUUCCAACCUACUACAACCACCACCAUCACAACGAAUUCGACGGUUACGAUUACGCCCAUCCUCACAUCCAAUAUCGAAAAGAUAUCGAGGAGCUGAAGGAAUGGGGCAUAGAGCCUUACGAGGAGCCGUACGAGGUUCAAACCGAGUCAAUAGGAGGUGGCACGGGUCCAGUCCAUCCUCCCGGUGUGGUUCCAGCGCCGUUUCCAGCGCCCACCUAUUCUGGAACGUACAGCGUCUCUCAAUACGCGUCCAACGUUCAACCGAUCCAAGCGUCUCCGUACCUGGAGAAGCAUCCACAAGUGUCGGCCCACAAUUUGGCUUAUUCAGCGUACGCCGACAACGUACGUCGAACCAAUUCCGCCAACGGGAAUCCCUUGAAUCCUGCCAACUUGCCCUCCACUUUGCUGCCAACCGCGACGAAUGUGAAGGCGUACACAUUUGGACAGAUGCAGAACGCCAAUAGGCAAGGAUCCGCGAAAAGCAAUCAGGCAGAGGCGAAGAUAACAACAGCUGGCACUCGGCGAUCUGAGUACGACGAUGAGUUUUAUGGGCCGAUAAUUAACAGGCUGGAGGACAUAUUCAAGCAAUUGAGAUUCGCCGACGAGCCUUGCAGAGAGAGGCUCGUGUGCAGCAUGUACAAGAACCCGGCUGUUUAUUCGCCGCACAGCAACCUCGUCUCGAACGAGUUGUCCAGAGAUCCGCAAGAGUUGAAGCAAACCGGGACCGGAAGCUUGUCCAGCCAGAAAUUUCACAGAUAUCUCGAGGCGGCCAGACUCGGGCAAGAUGGUGGAGAUUGUUUAAGAACGUAUCCAUGCCAUAUAAACACCGAAUAAAUCGGGAUGUAAAUUUUGUAAAACGAUUUCGCAAAUAGGCUAUGCAACGGCGCCAAACUAGGCGUCGAAGUUUCCGCCGCCAUACAUCGCCAGGCAUCGAAGUCUCCACGUGAGAUUGACUGGUCUGGUUCCGCUAGAUGUUAUUUAGGUGGCUGCGAGUGUAGGUUAUUUAUUUGUGUCAGGGUCACGAUUCUUCGAGGAAGAAAGUAUGACGUCGAAUGAUUUUGUACACUUAAAUAUUUUUAGAAAGAUAAAGAUUUUACUUUU